UCUCACGGAGGAGUAUCAUCUGGAAUCACGAAGAAGUUCAUCGUAUGCAAUUUAUAACUAAGCUUAACCUCAUAAACCUUUCUAUCAAACCCGAAAUUCUCGUACACCAUUGCCAAAAAAUCAUCAAACGAACUUCCUGCUUUCGCAGACAGUACCCUGCAACAUCUUCUUUCAUCUACAAUAAAUGAUCGACGGUUUUUUGCAAAUUUCGACUUCCCACAUACCAGUAGAAUUUCUAUCAUCUUUCACCAGAUGAAACAACAAUAGAUUUCAGAAUAAACAACACUUUUUUGCUAAAAUGUUUGCUUCGGGGGAACAAGACAGGUUUCCGGCGUAAUAAAUCGUUAAUGUAAGGGUAAACAAGACUUUCGCUUUUAUUAAUGUUCGCCCUCUUUAAUACUGAUCGCUAACAAUUCCUUACACCUCUAUCACCACAUACGUCCAAAAAAACAUCCAAACGUGCUAGUUGAGUAAACCGUUACUCUCCCCCGUUAUGACAGAAUUAAGAAAUAACUUUGUCAAAAUAAUUAACUCUACCAUGUUGUAACAGACUUAUUAUGAUUUCUCUGUUACAUAACUCUAAAUCGCUCUUUUAGUAUACCACCAUUACAUAAAACUCUCCCUCACAAAUAUAUUAUUUUACAAUGUCACAUAACUCUACCACCACAUAAAAUUAAAUCUAUCACGGUGUUAUAUGAGUAAACGUAAAGUCACCAUAAUCUGUCAGAGGACUCUAUUUAACAAAUAACUCUGCUCCCACCAAACAUAUCUCUAUUUGUAAACUCUAUCAAUUAUUAACUUUAGUAAACUAUCGUUAUUUUAUUUCUCUCGAUUAAAUCUAAUAAUUUAUUUAAUUCUGCAGUCACUACAGCGACAGACUUUUGUUGGCGCGAGACAUUUUUGCGUGUAAAAUACAUUUUCUCUCACUGACGUGGCAGCAUUUUUAAAUGGCAGAUCGUAAUUAUGUUUCGCACACAACAUCAAACAAAGGAUUCUGCCUUUAACGAGCAACAAAUCGUAGAACACAUAUCAGGACGAAGAAAAGUGGAAUCGUGUCUACCAAGAAUCAAGAAACAAGAGCAGAGGGAGGCGAUGGAGGCGAUUUGAGGGUGUUAAGUCCCAACGAUGAGUGGUUUUGAUCGGAGGUUCUCGAAGCGGUUAUUCUUGAUAUCUCAAUGGUUCUUCAGUGGUCGGAUCUAUGUUUAUCAGUUGAAUCUUAUGGCUAUUGGGUCGUUUCUCAUGUUUUUUGGGUCGAUCUCGGAGCUGCUUGGUAUUCUUUGUUCAGGAUCUAUGAGGAGAGGUUUUGAUCGGCGGUUCUCGAAAUGGUUAAGCUUGGUUUCUCAAUGGUGUUUCAGUGGUCGGAUCUAUGUUUAUGGGUUGAAUCUUAUGAUUGUUGGGUCGAUUCUCAUGGCUUUUGGGUCAAUCUCGGAGCUGCUCGUUGUUUUUUAUUCAGGAUCUAUGAGGAGAGUCAGUUUCAAUUGCUUAGUGUUAUGGGAAGAAGCAAAAGUUUCGGUUAAUUUUUGUUUCGGACUCAAGCUUUAUAGGAUGGGUUCUGUCUUGGAGAGGAACAUGGAGAGUUACAGGUGUGGUUUGGUACUUUGUCGUGGUGAUUUGCAACUUCCUUUCUCAAUGGAAGCUGCAAGAAUCUCAAUUUCGGAGACAGAGAGAGAAGUUCCGUGGAACCCAACAAUGAGUAGGCAAGAUCUGGUUGUUUUUUGUUUGGAUUUCGGGUUACUACGGUUGUUAUUGGUAUCGGUGUAUGGAUUGGAGUCUCAAUUCAAGGUAGGGUUGAGCAUAUCUCAUUUCGUUUUGGUUGCUUUCAUGGGCGAUUUACAGUGUUUGUUCAUAACAAAAGAAGAGGGGUUCUCAAUUUUGGAGUUUAGGAGGAUAGAUCUCAGUUUCUAUCUCUCUAUUGGUUCACAGAGCUGGAGUUUUGAGGUAUUAAUUUCGAUUUGGGAGAAGGAUUUCACAUCUCUUGCAAGCUGUACGGGUAUUUUUUUAGUCCCUAAGACGAGAUUUGGAAAGUGUCUAUUCGGUAAUUGGUUUUGGAGAAGGCGAAUCGUGGUUGAUACUCUUUUUGAUCGGCAGAAUGAUUUAUCUUUCUCCUUUUUUCAAAAUAUGGAAACAAAAGAUCAGAUUUUUUCCUUCUCAUAUAACGAGUGGGCAAUAAGCUUAGAGAAUAAUUCAUCGUUGAUGAGGGAAUAUUUAACUAAUGAUUUUGGUAUUUGGGAAUCAUCUUGGGUAUGGUUUUCAUGGGCAUAUAAUUUGGUACUUUAUGUGGUGGUUAAGCAAAAACAAGUUUGUAACGCUCUGUGUAAAGAGGCUUGCACUGAUUUGGUGUCAGAGGCUGAAACGGAACCUAUGUUUGCAUUAGCAGGGCAAGAAAAAGUCUCCGACACAAUGUGGGCUUCGACGUUGGAGAUAAUGAUGUUUUUGUUCACAUAUUAUAGGAUAUACUUUAAUUUGGAAUCUUGGUUUUUAAUGUGGAAACAAAAGUAUAAUAAUAAUAACAAACGGUUUUACUACGGUUUGAUUUUUUGUUUUUCAUGGUUGUUUGUGGAUAUUAUAAGGAGAAGAAUAUCUAGAGUCAAUUGUGAUUGGAGUUUUAUAAGAAAUAAUCAAAAGAAUGAAGAUCAUAACCCGAACUAUGGUACGGUAAAGGACUUCACGGGUGGACGCAACCCACCAAUACACAAGGUUGAUAAAUGAAGGUUUUGAGUUGGAAUUGUCAAGGACUUGGGAAUAAGGCAAUUAUCGGUUAUCUUAGGGAUAUAUGGAAACAACACCGGCCAGACUUUUUAUUUCUUUCGGAAACAAAACAACCUUCUUGGUUCAUGGAAAAAUUUAUCGGUCAUUUUGGUUACAAAAAUUUAAAAACGGUUGAUCCUAUUGGUUGUAGUGGCGGUUUAGCCCUUUAUUAUAAUAAUGAUUUUAAUGCUU